GAGUACGCGCGCGCGCGCGCGCGCCCUUCGAUUCGACUCGCACCGGUCGAUCGACGGUGGGUGACUAGAGGACGAGGACAGCGACUGACUAGCGACAAGGAACGUGGGCUGGCGUGGUCGCGACGGUGAUCGAAGCGAGACGAAAACGCGCGUCGAUCGCGCGGUGACAGUCGACGCGAUGACGAUGUCGACGACGACGACGACGACGACGACAAUUCGUACGCACGUAUACAUGGUUGUUGGAUCGUUAGCCAUGACGGCCAACGCGGGGACGUGAUGCUACGUGGCCGCUAUCGUCGCGCGUUCGUCUACCUGUCCGGAGUAGGCUCGACGACGAUUCGCGCCCGCGCCCGCGCCCGCCGCGCACGUCAAGAGGAGCAACAACGACGCCGACGAGGAGCGACGAUUACGUGUGACGAGCGCUAUCGGACGCCUCGGGGCCAGGGCGCCGUUGCACACCGACGGACGAAGCGGCGUUGCCGUCUCCUCGCCGCGGCCGCGAUUGCGACCAUCGUUGCUGCUGCCGCUACCGCCACCGCCACCGUCGUCGUCGUCGCCGCCGCCGCCGCCGCCGCCACCGCCGUCGCCGCCGCUGCUGCCGCUGCUGCCGCUGCCAUCGCCGUCGCACCGUCGUUGCCACGUCCGCUACGUUCCACUGUCGGGAACGACGACGACAACGACGACGACGACGACGAUCUCCUCGGACACGCUGCACCGACUAUCAAUAUGGAGGCAAAGAAAAAGGAGAAGCCGCUAGUCAAAGACUUGAAUGAACAUAUCGUGUGUCCCCUGUGCAGAGGAUAUCUCAUAGACGCUACGACUCUCGUGGAAUGCCUGCAUUCCUUUUGCAGAGGUUGCAUCGUUCGACGCCUGAGUAGCGGCGCCCGCGCGUGUCCAGUAUGCAACGUCGCGGCUUCCCCGCCGCUUCUGCCCGACACGCGGCUCCAACGGCUCGUGUACCUCGCGGUGCCCGGUCUCUUCCGAUCGGAGCUCGAGCGCAGACGUCACUUCCGUCUGGUGAAUCCUCAAUGCCCGCCGUUGGCGUCGCCCGUAGGCGCCCUCGAUCUCACCCUGGAGGACUUGGUUAGUCUGAGCCUACGAGAGCUAACGGACGCGGAGGAUGAGAUGAAGGAGGACACUCGUGACUCGUCGAAGAACGACGAAGUAUCGGGAAUAUCGACGCGAUAUCUCAAGUGCCCGGCCGCCGUGACGGUGCGUCAUCUGGUGAGGCUGCUGAUGCUGAAGAGAGGAUGGGAGGAGGCUAACGCGAACGUUAACGGCGUCAAUAACAGGAUAGAAAUUAUGUAUCAGCAUCCCGAUGACGAGAAUAUGCGCCCGCUCGAUCCGUCUUGGACGCUCCUGGAUCUCGCUUGCAUAUUUCAAUGGGAGAGGGAAGCACCGAUGAGGCUAUUCUACCGGGUGUUGCGAAAAGAGGAGAUGGUUAAAAGUUCGACGCUAAAAGUUGCCACGUCGUGCAAAGACGAUGCGACGAAAGACGGCCCGGCGGCGAUCGAAAACAUGCAACGUCCGCCGACCCCACCACCUAGUCCCAAGCUGAAUCGCGAACCGGAAGCGGAACCUCGCGCCGCGGAACCCCCUCGCGUUCUCGAAACAAAUGUCGAUGUUCGCGACAAGGAGACAAAAACGAAGAAACCGCGCUGCGAGGUGACGCCCGUCAUGCGUGCCCCCGACCCCCCAACCGGCGGACUUGCAGCGAGCAAUCAUCAUCAGUCGGCGGAGAGCGCGAAGAGCAAGGAUCUGACGAGGCUGGAGCAUCGGAAGCGGCGCAAACGACGAAACAAAAGGGUGAUCGCGGAGAUCACGACAACGCCGCGCGAAGAUCUCUUAAAACUCAAGGUCCGUCUGACACCGUGUCCCCCGAGGAUCACCUCUGGCACAGCAACGGGUGGAGGGGCCGGAGCCGUUGGCACAGGUAAUCAAACGAAAGAAAAGUUGCUGCAAAUGCGGGCGGUUAGACGUGAAAAGAUUAAAGCGAUCGGUCAGCAACGACCGAAGACGAGCUCACUAGCGCGGGAAGAAGUCGGGCCCAAAGAGUGCGCCGCUUUAGAGACGGAGGAAACUAUCGAGGACAUCAUAGACAGCAUUCCCGACGAAGUCGUCCGUAUCGCACAGAAUAUCAGCAAUCAGAACGAGGACGCAAUCGCGGCGGACAGGAUGACUGGCAAGAAAGAAGCGGAAUCGUCGAAUAAUACAUCGGAGAAUAAUGGCGAGCCGGAAAAACCGAAAAAGGACGAGGAGAUUCUUCGGCGAUUAGGUUUGGUCGCCAUCAACGAGGCUGGCAACAAAACGGCGAAGCAACGCGCGCAGAGCGCCGCCGACAAAACGGACAGCCUGGACCGCGAAAAAUUGGAGAAGCAGUUGCGCGAGAGCAAGGCAAAUCGUGUGCGGAGUCUGCUGGCGGAGAAGCAGAUGCGCGACGCGCUCAAGAGCAUCAUGUCCAAGACGAAGGAGGAACGGGCAUCGUCCGUUGUCAGCAAUCCGAUAUCUGCUCCCAUCUCCAUAUCCGCGCCAAAGAAGAAGGAACCACCGCCGUUAGCGCCUCUGCGCGUCGCAAAACCGUCCGGUUUUGCCGCGACCAGCGGCCUGCUGAUGUCGAACACCACGUCCAAAUACGAAACGCCAUUGGACCUAAGUAGCGGCGGCACCACUCUUAACGAUAACGUCCUCGAUCUAUCGGCUACGUUGCCUGGUAGCGGACAGCCGGCUACCUUUUCAUCUUCCUCGUCUCCCUCUUCCUCUUCGUCCUCUUCAUCGUCCUCCUCGCCUUCAUCCUGUUCAAUGCCAUCGUUAUCGUCGUCGUUGCCAUCAUCGAGGCUGCCGGGACGACCCGCCAUCGGCGGCGUCAGCAGCUUUUUCCGCAAAUCCAAGGAACUGGAUCAGCAGCGUGGCCGGGGACAGCAGGAGUUGAAUCUGAGGACCCUCUCGGACGUCGCGGUAUCUCGAAUACCGAGUGGAUGUCUGACCGAGAAGAACCCGGCGACGGAGCCACUCGCGGCUUCCGCCAAUCUUCACGCCACCACCCCCAGCAAGGUCGCCCUGCGGAUACCGCAGCUGCAUCAGCGCAUCCCCGGCUUUAACAUGAAGAUCAAGCCCAACCUCGGCGUCCGGCAUAUCCCGAAUCCCCAGGCGGUCGUGGCCUCUCAGUAUCGUAACCAGAGGGCCAGUUACUUCAACGCCGUCUCCCAGCAGCCGCCGUUGUAAAUCUAUAUCUCUUAAUCAUCUUAAUGUCUGUCCCUUCUCUCUUCCGCCUCCUUCGUUUUCUCUGCUUUUUUUUUUUUCUUCCAUCUCCGUCGUUAAAUUCCGAUGUCGGAAGAUGAAGGACAGAAGUUCUAAAUAAUCUAGACCAAAAUCCAAAGGUUAUAUGUUACUACUAUGUUUUAGCAUCGUUUUUUUUUUUUUUCUGACGACUCGCUCGCUCAUGACACGUAAUCAGAUUGAUUCGGAAAGACGAUUUCAUUGCAGUGGUACGCCGAUAUGACUUCCCAUUCGUGAAAUUGUUCGUUGGUAUAAAAAUACUACGAGUAUCUGACACGUAAGAAGUUACACGACAGUCGGGAUAUCGAUAUUCGUAAGUAUUAUCUCUAUUAUUAGGGCAAGCACCCUUUUAACAUACACAUAACAAGCAAUCUAAUUCUGAAUUCUCAGCUUGAAAACAAGUAUUCGCAGAUACAAGGUAUUCCCGAUAACGAAACUUUAGGUGUAUAAUUUUUAUGGAAUUUAAAAACGAAUUUCUUCUCUAUAAAAGAAGCACAUGUGCUCAAGUAUAAAUAGUUUUAAAAUUAUAAGUAAUGGAAAAUGGACCAACUUUUUGUGAGCCAAGCUUCGCGGACGCAAAUAGAUAAUAAAAUCUCAUUCCUUGACAAUUAAGUGGAUAAAUCUCAUUGUUUGAUUAAUUACAAGUGAAUUUCUUACUUUUAUGAAAUUUUAAAUUUCUUGAGAUUUUGAGAUUACUCGGAUGUUAAAAAUUAUUUAAUAAUGAGAAAAAGGUCGUUCAAGCAUAUGUUGUUAUCAACGAAAAAACCGAAAUCUCCUGAAACUUUUCGAAAAAAUCAUAAAGGUGAUUGCGGGACAAUUUGCCCGCACUGAUUAAAUCGUGUGUUCCUAAAUAUAUAUAUAUAAAUUUCGAAACAAUCCUCGAACAGUAACGAGAUUCAUAGGAAAUAUUUAUAGCUCUGUGUAUUGCGAACAUGUUAAUAUUUAAUAUUGUAGUUGAAAUUUUUUCCGAGAUCCCAUUGCCAUUUCGAGGAAAAUCAAAGAGGUGAGAAUAUUAUAGAUAAAGUUUUAUCUUGAAAGAAUCGUCUCACAUUCUCGCAUCCAUAUUAAGAAGGUGAGUAAAAGAUAAUAGAAGAAUCUUUGUAAGUAUAUAUACAUAUAUAAAAAGUGCAAUCGUCUGUACUUUCCAUCUGAUUACGCUGUUGUUCUUUGAGGGAAGGGGAAAAGAAGCUGCACCGAUUACUGGUCGGAUUAUUGUUACCUAGAUGUAUCAAAACUGUGUACGACACUGUAAUAAUGUAUGCCUGACCGCGGUCUAUACUCUUACUAUGGUUACCAACGGAUCGAUCUGACAAACGAAAACUCUCGCGAGGAAAAUCCGUAAUGUCGCUAUACGAUAUUCAGGGACGAAUUAGUCAGCAUAUAUAAUAAAAUGACAGAUAAUUAUAUAUGUACAUGUAUAAAAUUACUGGUUGUUCCUGCGAUAGAACCGUGCAAGUACUCCGAGUUUGCGGCAAGCAAGCAAGCAAAGAGCUAGUAAAUUCACGCGAGAAGACAUUUUUCUGUGUAAGUUUAAUAUUUAUAUUUAUUUAUCUGUUUUAUCAAAUAGAUAAAAUUCCCCCGAUUCCCCGUCAUUAAUGAGCCGAGCAUGUCUCGUUAUUACUUUGAUUAAAAUAAUCUUAAUCUCUUAUAUUUUACGUUCAAAUACCUUACCAUAGGAGAGGAUUACAUUUCAGUUGAUUGAAAAAGUUCCUUGCCAUUUUAUCUAUCAUUACAUAUAUGUUUACAAUUGUUGAAUUAUUUUUAGUUGCUUGUUUGUUGAUUUAAUUGCGUGCGUGAAAUGUUUUUGAAAUAUUUGUUUUUGUUGAAAACACGCAUCCGAGAUAUUUAGAAAUAGCUAUACAUAAUACACGUGUAAUCGAAUAAUCUCGAGUUAUUUUCGGUUUAUACAGGAUUCCAAAGAUGUGUGAGUAAAUAACGUAUCGAAGAAAUCCGAUCGUAUUAUACAGGAAGACAAUUACGUCCUCUUCGUGUACGUUACAUCGAUAUUAUCCUCACACCUAUCCGAGGCGAGAAAGCGAGAAAAUUCGUUUUUCUCGAGUGUUCGCACGGGCCUAUUUAUAUAUGUCGGGCGAUAUAUUUCUCCUUCUCCCUCUCUCUCUCUCUUUUUCUUUAGAAUCUGCAAUUAGCAAAAUAUACCUAUAUGUAAUAAUUUGUAGAGAUGCCAAAGAGAACGCCAGAGAACGUGUGCAAUGUAUUAGUGCAAUUUAAUUACCGUGUAACGUAACGUAACCGUAUAAUCGAUCUAUCACUCGGCGAGCUAACACAUCGCCGAGUUUAUUAAAGGUACGUAGAUAGGUAGAUAAUCAUACGGACACACAUACGUGAAUUGCGUGAUUUGUGAUUCCCCGAUGAAGGGGACUCUAGCGUAUAUAGAUGUAGAGGGUGACAAGAUGUUUUUGUAACAGCACAUUUUUGGAAAUUAUAAAAAAAGAAAGAAAAAAAUGUCGCAAGAGAUUUCUCUAUAAACGCACGAGCGUCGCUCAAACUUUAAUUUGCGCGACGAUGACCAAGAAAAGGGGAAAAAAAAAAUGAUUUUUUGACUGACAAGGAUUUAGGCUUAAAUUGAACCGAAAAGUUCUUGAUUGACUCUUUCAAAUUCAAGGCAUAUACGUUUUGUAUGUUUUUUAUUAACAUAAUUCAUAGUAUGCGCGUUCAUAUAUGGUAUGCAGAAGCGAACUUUCCUUCUAUUCAUAACAUUUCUUUCGAUAUUAAAUUAGAAAUGAAUAUAGCAAAAGCAUUAAAAAUAAAAAAUCUGAAAAAUUUAUUCGAAUCUACAUUUCGCGCCAUUCGAGCGAACCUAUUUGUGAGAAGCUCCUUAACUUUAUUAAGUUUUUUAAAAACUUAAAAAUAAAUUUUAUAUAACGGAAUGCCGAGAGUGUUUCAAUAAAAAAUAAAUGCCAGCAUCUUGAAGGAAUGCUCAUAUAUUGCGGAAAGAAAUCAAUGUAAUGGUCAUGAAUCAUGUAAUACUCUCUGGAAUAAGAAUUUUCAUAAACAUCAAAAAAAAAAAAAAAAACGACCAAUUGCAAAGUAUAUAUCAUCGGAUGGCGAAUAGCGUAAAUUUAUCCACGUAAUGUAAAAUUAUGAUUUGACGUUUGGGAGGUUGAUUGAAUAAAUAUCAAAAAAAAAAAUGUCUGAUACGCAAACGAUCGUUACGAUUUUAAGGUGCGAACCGCAGCGAAUGAUAAAACGCGGAAGGGAACUCGUCAAAAUCGUCGCUUUCUUCCACGUGCUUGCGAUAUAAGAUACAGUCGAUGUAAUCGCUUUGCUAAUUCGUGCAUUGAAAUUCAUACGUAGCGAAAUCGCACAUGCGAGACGGACUAUAAUUACUUACUAAUUGAAAAUAAAAAUGCGUAUUCGAUAAAUAAAUUGUUCAAAGUGGUCUUAAAUUUCCUUGAACGGUUGCUUCCUUCACGUUCAUGUUGCAAUUUUUAAGCCUUUUUUGUACAAAAAUAAUGGAUGGAAAAUGGUUUACAACACAUUGAUAUGACAUAUCUUAAAGAAUUUAUUAUAAAUCAUAAAGUCGACAUUUUUAUAUUUACAUAAAGAGUGGUGGAAAGAAGUCGUUCUCCGAACCACUAGAGAGAUUUGCUUCAAUAGUAAAGUAUAAUACUGUAUAGAGUAUAGAGAUAUGUAUAUAUGUUGCGAUUAUUUGCAUGAAAUCUUAAACAGAUAAUUUCUUUCCUACUUGCAUCAUUCUUAUUGUGCCAAAAAAAAAACGUAUAAAUUUAAAAACUAUGUAAUGUGUGCGCUUUUUUUAUCUAGUUUUACCGAAUUUAAAGAUAAAUAAGUUUUCUUGAUACCAAUAAACAAAAAUUUGUGAAGAAAAAGCGUCACACAAACAUAUACUAUUUUGUUUCUGACUUGAUUCUUAGUUAAAAAUUUGAAAUGAAAAUUUAUAUCACCACACAUAUAUUUAUUAGAUGUCACACACAUAUACAUAUAUAGAUAAUAUUACAUUUGAUAAUAUUUAUACCUUUGAACAAAUAACCUUUGUUGAAUGCAAACUAAAAUGAAAUCUAAAAAGUGAUUUUCAAAAUCGAACAUAUACGAUUGAUAACUUUAAUAUUAUACGUUAUUAUUUUAUUAUACAAAUGUUAAUGAAAAAAUAUUAACGCACAAAUACAUACAUCACAUGAACCAACAAAAAUUGGAUUUGAAAGCAUCAACGAAUAAACGGAACAAAUCCAAAAAGAACAUUUUAAUGAGUAGAGCAUGAUAAAAGGUGGAAAAGAAUAACGAGAAGAGAACGAUUAAAUAAGAUGAGAGAACAAAAAAGAGAAAAUUGACGGCCACCCGGAAACAAUGAAAAAAAAAGAUCUUCGAUUUUUACGUAACGAGAUCAAGUCAAUUAAUCGUCGCGUUCGUCGCGAUAUGAAAGAGCUUUUGACAAUGUAAAAAAGAAAGGAAAAAUAAAAUUUCAAAAACUGCCAUUCUCUUUGCGAACGAAGGAGUGACAGCCGGUUUCCACUUUUAUUCGCGAUAGACUCAUAGAGGGACCCAGAUUUCUCAAAGCUAUUUUUCUAUCGCGUUUUUUAAUAAUUGCGAAAAAAACGCGCGUUUAUUAUCUCACAAGAUUGUCGCCUCGAUAAUAAAAUUCUGUCGAAAAAUAGAAAAUACACGCCAAGCGAUUUCUAUAUUGAAAUCACGCCAGGGAUAUGGUAUACAUAUAAUAUGGAUAUAAGUAAAAUCUGAAAAUUUUUACAAAGUAGUUAACAACUUUUUUUACAUACAAGGAGGAACAGUCGUUUACUUUCAUCGUCGUGUGUCCUUUAUUGUCAUAUGACUGUUUGUUGACAAAAGGACAACCAAAAGGAAAUCUUUGACAUAACUUUUCGCAAAUCCUGUUAAAUGCGAGAAAAAAAAAAAAAAAAAACAACAUUUCGAUGUAUGCUACCAAGAGAGAAUUUUGUGCGAUUCUCCUAUUCUUCUCAUAAUCCAUUAUAAUCUCAUCAAUUACGUCGAUUUAAUACAAAUAGUAACGAAUAGCGAAUAAUAAUGAUUCGUAGAUACAUGCGACAUAUAAUCGCGUUACAAUAAGGGAUUAAUUAAUGUAAGAAUUCGUCGCUAGCCGAUACGCCGUUGUUCUCUUCCUAGUUUCUUUCACAAAUCUUAAGAAAUCAGUUCGGCCAUUCCUAUACGAAAAUCUAAUCUGCCAUUAACGUAAUGAUACCUCAUAUAUAUAUACAUAUAUGAAGAAAUAGUAAAUCGAGAAAGAGCUUCAUUUGCGAAAACCAAAAAUCUCCGAGACAAUCCCCUCCUUCUUUGAAUCAGAUUCUUAUAAUUAUCAAACUUAUUAUCGUGAAUCAUAAGCGUGUCAUAUUAUAUAAUAUUCCAGACAUUUCCGUUCGAGAAAAUUGCCUAGUAUUAACUACAGUGUAAUCAUCGUAAUAAUUACGAUCGAUGCAAUGCCAAAUGAGAAACAAUAUGUUCGUAUUUUCUAUUGUAUUUUCUAUUAUCUAUACUUGUGGUAUGCGACUAAAUGAUUAAUGAAUAUUAGAAAAAUUUCUCUUUCUUCAUACCAAGAUAAAUAUUGAUUAAUUUUAAUAGAUAUUAAUAUCAACUUUUUAGAUAUCCAUGUAAAUCAAUAUCUAUCGUCGUUUAAAAUCAACAUCGUGUACAAUUCUUCCUUUUCGUGCGUAUAAAUGCAAGGCAAGAAAUUCCGUAUGAUUAACCGAACGUAAAAUUUAUUAGGAUAAAUACACAGGUAUAGUGUCCUAAAUUAGAUUUCCUAACCGUAUGCGUAUGUGAAUGUACACACCAAGAGUGUCGUAACAAUGGCGCGCGAGAGAGAGUUAUAUCCUUGAAACGGCCGAGGAUUGUUAGGAAAAUUUAGAGAACGGUACUAGCAGCUCCUAAAAUCAAAAUUGAGGAUAAGAGUGAUAAAGAUCGACUUUGCGAUGUGUGCAAAAAGGCGUAUAUGAAUACACUAUAAUAUAAUAUUAUAUAAUAUAAUAUUGUUGAUGGUUCGAGUGUUCUAAUCGACGAGAGGUAUGUUGCACCACAUGUGUGAUCUUCAGUGUUAACUAAAUCAUCAAAUUUCAUUUAACGAGAGCGAAAAAUUAAAUACCGAUUGAAUAAGUAAAUGGCGGUAAUCGUUGCGCGUAUAUUUAGCAUCUAUCUACGUCCCAUCGUUUCGUUUUGAGUUGAAAGUCAUAUCGCAUUGUAUACAUUGUAGGAUUAUUGCUGUGAAUGAAAUAUAAAGUGUAUCUUA